ACAUCGACAACGAGGACAGCUCCGGCGACGAGCAGAUCCAGCUCGAUCCCUACUGCGUCUUCGACCGGUAUUUCCGCGAGAAGGACGGUAUGGGCGCCGAGAAGGGCAAGGGCAGCCGUGGAUGAUUUCCAUCAUAGCCAAAUAUGUCAAUGGAGUAGCCAGACGAUGUGUGUACAUCGUUGUAGUUGCAUGAGUUUGUAUAGAUUUGAGAUGUGAUAAUUACGAUGUCCGGAUGUGGAUUGCAUUACUUGAUGCGUGACCGUCAGUAUCCGUGGACAUGCCCGAGCGCGUCCGCGGGACUGGAUUUACAAAGUCCGUGGCUCAAAAGAGUAUGUUAGACAUGAUUGUGUUGAACUACUAGAAUUUACAUGCAUCCGUUCCAAGCGCACGGACAAUUAGCUAGUUAAAAAUGAAAAUCUGACACAAAGAUGAUGGUGUAUUACCUAGAUUUCAUAUAGCAGCUUGUUGUCUGUCCAUUCAAUAAUUGAAAGCAGCUUGAGGAGUGAAGUACAGUAGUAUGUGGUCUUGAACAUAGACUGUAAGCUUGGUAGGUAGGUAGGCGGCGGAGCCAUGGCGGACCUUGUGGUGGGCAUGGCCAAGUCGGUGGUGGAUGGGGCGCUGACCAAGGCCCAGGCGGCGAUCGAGGAGGAGUCCAAGCUGCGGCAGAGCGCGCAGCGCAACCUGGUGUUCAUCACCGGCGAGUUCCAGAUGAUGCAGGCCUUCCUCAACAACGCCGACAGCGACCGCCUGGAGAACCCGGUGGUGCGGACCUGGGUGCGGCAGAUCCGCGACCUGGCCUACGACGUGGAGGACUGCAUCGAGUUCGUCGUCCACCUCGACAAGAACAGCAGCUGGUGGCUCCGCCUCCUCAACCCCGUGAGCUGGCUCCUCGCGCCCUGCCUGGAUCUCGCCCCGCUGCCGCUCGACGAGGCGGUCGACGAGCUGGACCGGCUCAAGGCCAGGGUGGAGGACGUGAGCAGCAGGAACACGCGCUACAGCCUCAUCAGCGACUCCGGCUCCAAGCCCGCCGCCGCCGACAAGCACGACCCGGCUUCCUCCCGCGAUGCCGUCGGUGGCGCCACGGCGUUCAACGGGCUCUUCGAGGCGGCGUUUAGAACCACCCAGAAAGGGGAUCUCACCCAGCUGCUCCCCAAGAAAGACCAUGACCUCGGAGUCAUCUCUAUCUGGGGCACCGGCGCCGGAGGCGGGGAAGAUCUUGGGAUGGCAUCCAUCGCCUGGAACGCCCACAUCGACAGAGGGACCUGCCAAAACUUCGUCUGUCGUGCCUGGAUGAAGCUGAUGCAUCCCUUCGAUCCCCACCAGUUCCUCCGGUCUUUGACGGCUCAGUUCUACGCAGCCCCCUCCUCUCCCGGCGAGGAACAUGCGACCUCCGUAGGUGGUGUACGAGUCCUGAUGAAGAUGGAGGCCGCGGGAGGAGCAGAACCCCUCAAGGAUUUCGAGCAGCUUGUCAUGAACAACAGGUACCUCGUUGUGCUGGAGGACGUGUCCUCCAUGGCAGACUGGGAUGCUAUCAGGAGGUUCUUUCCAAACAUGAAGAAUGGCAGCUGCAUCAUCUUGCCCACCCACCAGUUCGAGGUAGCAAGCUUGUCCGUUGGACAUCCAUACCAAGUGCUGCAUCUCAACCAGCUAUCAGCAGAGCACUCUGUUUACGCCUUCUUUACAAAGGGAUCUCGAUAUGAUGUGGAUCAAGGCAGGGAAAUCAAUAAUGCACCCGCCAGCAAGAAUGCAUCAGUCGGCAACUGUAAGGAGGAAGCAGCCAAGAAGUGGAUAAACAGGCAUCCUCUUGUUGGACGCGAGUCGGAAAUGAAUGAUCUUGGUCUAAAUGUAAUUAUUGCACGGUCCAAGAGCUACCAAGUUAUGUCCGUGUGGGGAAUAGCUGGCGUUGGAAAAUCAGCUCUUGUCAAGAACAUGUUCUGCGACAGAAUUUGUAAAGGCAAACUAUUCCAGAAGUAUGGUUGGGUUGAUGUAUCGCAUCCUUUCAAUUUAUGGAACUUCUCUCGGAUCUUACUUUCCAAUCUUGGUUCUGAAUAUCUUCAAGCCGGUGAGACUGAGGAUUUGUGUACGAUGGGAAGCAGAAAUCCCAUUGCCGAGUGUCGUGAGAUUCUGAAAAAGCAUAGAUGCCUGGUUGUCAUUGAUGGACUGCAGUCCACGGAAGAAUGGGAUCUCAUAAAAGCUAACUUGGUAUCAGGGUCUCAUCGUCAGAAUGUUAUCAUCGCCGUUACAAUUGAACAAGAAAUGGCCUCUCAUUGCCGUGGAGUUAAGGGAGAGCUCGUGUUUAAUGUCAAAGGUUUGGAAGCUGACACAGCCUUUGAACUCUUCAAGAAGGUAUCUGACAUAUUAGAAACCUUAAAGCUCUCUUGUAAUAGUAAUGACUCCCUGAAUUCACUGCAAUGUGUUAUCCAUGUGGUAUCCAACAAGAGUGAAGUUGCAGAGCUACAAGAACUUACUUCACUAUGUGGUGGACUUCCGAAAGUUAUAGUUGAGAUAGCCGGCUCAUUCGCCAAAAAUACAGAUCGAUGGAAACAUACACUUUCUACCAAAAAUAAGUUUAUGCUAGAGCUCGAGAACAACGGAGAGUUUGACAGUCUAAAGGGUCUGUUUGGUUGGAUGAAUUCAUACUUCCGCAAAUGCCCAGAUUCUCUCAAGCCAUGUAUCUUAUAUCUACCAAUUUUCCCUCGAAACCACCACAUUCGGCGGAGGCGACUAGUAAGGCGGUGGAUUGCUGAGGGUUACUCCAGGGACAGCCAUGAAGAAUCUGCAGAGAUGACUGGGGAGAAACAAUUCUGUGACCUCAUUAAUCUGAGUAUAAUCCAGCAGGCAUCUGCGUUGGGUUUGGGUGGCACAAGGAUGGUCUUUUGCCAAGUCAAUGGCUUCUUUCGUGAGUAUAUUGUCUCGCGCCAAAUGGAAGAGAACCUUGUGUUUGAACUUAGGGGCAGUUGUGCCUUAACCACCCAACGCACAGGGCGUCACCUUGUGAUAUUAGAGAGCUGGGUCAGAGAUAGAAUUGUGUUCGAGAGCAUUGACUUCUCACGCCUCCGUUCACUCACGGUGUUUGGAAACUGGAAAUCAUUCUUCGUUUCUGAAAGUAUGAGGCUUCUUCGGGUGCUUGAUCUAGAGGGUGCAUCGGAAUUAGAGUAUAGCGACCUCAAGAAGAUUGUGAAGUUGAUGUGUCGCCUCAAGUUCCUCUCACUGCGAGGAUGCCAUGAAAUCUGCCAUCUGCCGAGUUCAAUAGGAGGUCUGAGGCAGCUCCAGACUCUUGAUGUUAGACACACCUCCAUAGUCACCCUGCCGGUGAACAUCACCAAGUUAGAGAAGCUGCAGUACAUCCGUGCGGGAACCACUGCUCCAGCAAAUGAAGCAACAACACCACAUCAUUUAGUGCCCCAGCUGUCCAAUUGCUGUGGUGGUCAUCACCUGGUUGGUGUUGUGAUGCCUCCAGGGAUUGGGAAACUGACGGCAUUGCACACACUUGGUGUUGUCAAUGUCAGUGCUUCAGGGACAAAGGCCGUCCUAGAAGAUCUCAAGAAGCUCACCCAUUUGCACAAACUCGGAGUGUCUGGCAUUAACAAGAAUAACAGUAAUGAGUUUUUCCGCGCAAUCUCAGCUCUUGUCCAUCUGAAAUCACUAUCGAUGCGGCUUGAGGACAACAAUCAAGGUUGUUUGAAUGGUAUACCGCUGCCUUUGGAGGGCUUGAGGAGCCUUAAAAUGCAUGGGCUUGGAGACCAGUUGCCAAACUGGAGUGGGCAGCUCACUAUGCUUGCAAAGAUGGAUUUGGAAAUAGCCAAGUUGAUGGAAGAUAAUGUCUCCCGGCACUCAGACGGUGCGACUCCAGAAGGAAGAAGGAAACCAACUAGGGGUGUCAUCAAGUUCCUAAGCGAGCUACCAGGAUUAUGUAUUCUACGUCUUCGUGUCGAUCACCUUCAAGAUAAUCAGCUUGACGUGUCUGUCAUUACUAAUGACCUAGAGGAAGACUCUUUCAAGAAAAUAAAGAUCUUCGAGAUUGCUUGCAGCUCCAGCUCAAAAGUUAGUUUCGGAGAAAAAACAAUGAAGAAACUUGAGCAGCUCAAGGUCGAUUGCUGUAGUGGGUCGUCGUUGUUAGGCCUGAAGCAUUUACCUGAACUCAAGGAAGUCUUGCUCAAGGGUUCCAGUGAUGAAGCACUCAAGGCUGAUCUCAUCGCCGUGCUUGAGAACUACCCAAAGCAAAAGAAACCUGUUGUGAAGUUGGAGGAACUUCGUCCUGGUAGUUUGGGAGGUCAAGGUGGUCAUUAAUCUGGUAGCACUGCAUCUUAGUUGCUCUGCUUUCACACAUCAAACCUGGGGCUAUAUACUUCCACAGCGUAACAAAAUGAGGAGGUAUCUGUAACACUAGGAUCUCUUGUAAGUUCAGCAAGUGUUAGACUAGGCAAUUCCUUCUUGAUUGAGACAUUAGUUGUACAAGGUAUCAUGCUAAGUGGAUCAAAGCAUAGUCCGUUAUGUCGACUGGAUGGUCUUGGUCUAUAGGCAUGCUUGAGUGCACACCACAUGCAGAGAGGUUUCUUUUAACG